UAUCUCCACGACUGAAGAGUUCUAAAUAAACAACAUGGAGUGUUAAAGUAGACCGAAUAGACUAGCUAGUAGUUCGUUAUCUGGAAAAAAAACAACAUAAAUCUGUACAAUCAACUCUACACAAUGGGUCUACUCACAAUUUUAAAGAAGAUGAAACAGAAGGAGAAAGAAGUCAGAAUCCUAAUGCUAGGACUUGACAAUGCCGGCAAGACCACAAUAUUGAAAAAGUUUAAUGGAGAGGAUAUUGAUACCAUAUCGCCAACUCUAGGAUUUAAUAUCAAGACUCUUGAACAUAGAGGGUUUAAGCUGAAUGUGUGGGACGUUGGGGGUCAGAAGUCCCUUCGGUCCUAUUGGAGAAACUACUUUGAGAGUACAGAUGGUUUAAUAUGGGUGGUAGACAGUGCUGACAGGAUGCGACUUCAAGAUUGUAAACAAGAACUGGAGAACCUAUUAGUGGAAGAGAGAUUGGCAGGAGCUACAUUACUGGUAUUUGCAAAUAAACAAGAUUUACCUGGAGCUUUGUCAGCAGAAUCAAUCAAAGAUGCACUGCAGUUAGAGGCCAUUACUACUCACCACUGGUUAAUACAGGGAUGCAGUGCUGUAACCGGGGACAACUUACUGAAGGGCAUUGAUUGGGUCAUAGAUGAUAUAGCAUCUCGUAUAUUCACCAUGGACUAAAUAUAUAUUUGCACAAUGUUAUUUAUUGUAUACAUUUUCAAAUAAGUCCCCUCCCCUAGUGCUGAAUUUUACUUAUAAAGAUGUUUGGAGAGGCUUAAUACUUGUGAUGCACAUUUUAGUUACUGUUCAAAAAUUUAAGAUUCUGUAAAAUUUAAGAAAGUUAAUGAGUGGAAAGAUGGGACUAUAAUGAGUGGAAAGAUGGGACUAUGUGUGGAAAAUACUGCAUAAUUGAUUUUUUUACAUACCUAUUCAGUGUAUGUGAAAGGUCUUGUGUACCAACUCCUGAGAACAGAACCAUUUUUUAAGGGAGAUAAUUCACCAU